CAAAGACAGGCAGACCCAAGCAGGCAAUGGGCAAGGACAGCCCUGAAGGGCAGGCCUGGCCCUGAAACAUGAACAAGAAGAUGGUUGGAGCCGAGGACACAAGGCUGACAGGAAAGGACACAGGCUGUUGUCAGGAUACACACUACCACACACUUGAGGCCAGGACCCUGCUGACGCAGCAGCCCUCCACCCUGGCCCCUUACUGCCCUCCGCCCCUCUCCCCGGCCUGCCAGCUGCCAACAGGGCUCUGCCCUGUGUCUUCCACACCUGUCACUGCCUGUCCUUGUCCGGGGGGGCCCCAUCAGCCCCUCCUCAGCUGCCCAACAGAGAAAGCAGUUAGUGGGGAGGGGAGGGAACAUGGAGCGGGGGCCGGUGGUGGGGGCAGGGUUGGGAGCUGGAGCCCGAAUCCGGGCAUUGCUGGGCUGCCUGGUCAAGGUGCUGCUCUGGGUGGCCUCUGCUUUGCUAUACUUCGGUAGUGAACAGGCUGCUCGCCUCCUGGGCAGCCCCUGCUUACGGCGCCUCUAUCAUGCCUGGUUGGCGGCAGUGGUCAUCUUUGGGCCCCUUCUGCAGUUCCAUGUCAACCCUCGGACUAUCUUUGCCAGCCACGGGAACUUCUUCAACAUAAAGUUUGUGAAUUCAGCGUGGGGCUGGACCUGCACCUUCUUGGGAGGCUUCGUGUUGCUGGUGGUGUUCCUGGCUACACGGCGUGUGGCAGUGACCGCCAGGCACCUGAGCCGACUGGUGGUGGGGGCGGCCGUGUGGCGGGGGGCUGGCCGGGCCUUUCUGCUCAUUGAAGACCUGACUGGCUCCUGCUUUGAGCCUCUGCCCCAGGGCCUGCUGCUCCACGAGUUGCCAGACCGCCGCAGCUGCCUGGCAGCCGGCCACCAGUGGCGAGGCUACACAGUCUCCUCCCAUACCUUCCUCCUCACCUUCUGCUGCCUGCUGAUGGCUGAGGAAGCAGCGGUGUUUGCCAAGUACCUGGCCCACGGGCUGCCUGCUGGGGCCCCUCUGCGCCUCGUCUUCCUGCUCAAUGUGCUGCUGCUGGGCCUCUGGAAUUUCUUGCUGCUCUGUACUGUCAUCUAUUUCCACCAGUACACUCACAAGGUGGUGGGCGCUGCAGUAGGCACCUUCGCCUGGUACCUCACCUAUGGCAGCUGGUAUCAUCAGCCCUGGUCUCCAGGGAGCCCUGGCCAUGGGCUCUUCUCCCGCCCCCACUCUAGCCACAAGCAUAACUGAAAGAAAUAAAAGCCUUCAGGCCUG